AUGUAUUUUGGCCUUCUGCCAAUGGGGACAGCAACUUGGGGUAGAUGGCUUCGUAAGGCGGGUCAUUUCGUUCGUACUUUUUUGGUAACCUCACCACUCGAGACAGGAUGGAAAUGGACUUUCCCCGUCCGGUUUGGAAAUGAAAGGUGGGACCACCGAGUACUGAACAUAUCGAACGAUGAUAUUUUCAAGGUAAAAACGAGGAUCGAAGACGUGCUGACGACACCAGGUGCCAACGCGACAUUUGCUCAUUGCUACUGCGAACAAUCCCGGGAGGCGGUAAAGGAUUUUGCAAAGAAAACACAAGUGCAACUCCGGAUCAUGUUGACACCUUACGUUCCGAGUAGUGCUUCCCCUCUUGGCGGUGGUGGUUCAAUAGAUUGGGCACGGCCGAUCUUCAAGCUGUGUGCGACUUCCCACAUUGAUGCCAUCGAAGGUUUGAACAUGACACCUUCGGAAACGCUGUUGCUUCAAGCUGUGGAGGCCACUACGAAAGAUAUCUGCUGUGUCGUGACGAGCAUGUGGGCGUCGGGAGUAGUUUCUGGCCUCGAUAACUUCUUGAAGCCAAGUAAUCAAGGUCUAAGCAUAGAAGUGGUGAUGGACUAG